CAGUUUGGUAUGGUCGUUUUCUUAUAUUAAUAUCGUCACACCAAUAUCCACCAUUUUAAAAAAGUUUGUCAUGGUCAUCUUUCUCCAUCAACACACAAACCCACCACCGAGAAUUGUGUUUGAGAUGGCACAACACAAUAUAAUCUGAUGAAAAAUUUAGAGACAAGGGUACAAUGGGUAUAACAUAAAAAGUAGGUUUCUCUCCUCAACAAAAAACUAGGUCACAGGUCAUACCUGUGUUUGGCCGCCGUGUGCACCAACGCACGUCUCAGCAGGUGGUUAUGACGUCUUCAGCAGCCUUGCGGCUAAGCAAUCUUCGACGACACUUGGAUUUGGGUGAUACAGUGAGAGUGAAUGGUUUUGAAGCGUCAAUCACAGUGAAGGUAGGUUCAGAGGUUUCUGAAGCGUUAUCACUAGGGCGUCCUGUUGUUGCUCUGGAAUCUACCAUCAUUUCACAUGGGAUGCCGUAUCCUCAAAAUUUAGAAACUGCAAAAGAGGUUGAAGGUAUUGUGAGAGACAACGGUGCAGUUCCUGCAACUAUUGCAAUUUUAAAUGGCAUCCCUUGCAUAGGUCUAAGUGUGGAAGAACUUGAAAGGUUAGCUACUCUGGGAACAAAAGCUCAGAAAACAGCUCGAAGGGAUAUUGCAUAUGUUGUGGCAAGAGGUGGAAAUGGUGCUACUACUGUUUCUGCAACAAUGUUUUUGGCUUCUAUGGUUGGUAUUCAUGUCUUUGUGACUGGUGGAAUUGGGGGAGUUCACAGACAUGGGGAACAUACUAUGGACAUAUCUUCAGAUCUCACUGAGCUUGGAAGAACACCAGUAGCAGUUAUAUGUGCCGGUGUAAAGUCAAUAUUGGACAUUCCCAGGACCCUUGAAUAUCUAGAAACACAAGGAGUUUGUGUCGCUGCUUACAAAACCAAUGAGUUUCCUGCAUUUUUCACAGAAUCAAGUGGCUGCAAGGUUCCAUGUCGGGUAGAUACCCCUGAAGAUUGUGCUCGUUUAAUAGAAGCAAACAUCAAACUCAAGCUUGGAUCUGGAAUUUUGAUAGGAGUUCCUAUUCCUCAAGAACACUCGACUUCUGGACACAUAAUUGAAUCUUCCAUCAAUAAAGCCCUUAAAGAAGCAAGGGAAAAGAAUAUAUCAGGAAAUGCUGAGACUCCUUUCUUGCUUGCUAGGGUAAAUGAACUCACUGGAGGUGUCUCACUUGCUUCAAACAUUGCUCUUGUGAAGAAUAAUGCCCGUAUUGGUGCUAAAGUUGCUGUAGCCCUUGCUCUGCUUAGAGAAAAUAGUCAAAGGAAACAAGAGAUAGAGUAGCACAACGGAAGAUAGGGUCCGUAUAAAAUGGACCAACAAAAAGAUUGGUUCAAAGUAACCAUGAGAUUUAGCCUUUUGAUUUAUCACAUCCACACCAUUAAACCUUACACUCUUCAUAUGUAAUCCCUUCCCCUCUCUUCACAUAUAAGAGACAGAAAUUGUGAAGACGGGAUCUUGCUUCUAUUGUGAUUAAGAUUGAAGAAGAUUUAUGAUUGUGAAAUAGGAAAGAUGCAGGUUUUCUGAAGGGAGAAUAAAGAUGAGAUAGUAAAACAAGAGAAUAUUAUAUGGUAUUAUCGAGAGUACAUCAUAAGAUUGUGAAGUCUACUUCAUCUAAUGUUUUUCACACAUUUGUCCAUCAUGGACCAAUACAUCUAAUGGUCCAUUCUAUAAGGUUUGAAGGAAUUUUGAAAACAUAAAAUUAUUUGAUUUAAAUGUCUUUA